ACUACUACAGCAGCAGCGACUGCUGGUUUGUUUUUACAGUGCUCGUCGUUUGGCAGUUCGAGAUUAGAGAGUCAAGGGAAAAUUACUCAACUCAAUUAGUGUCACAGUAUGCAGAGUCUGUCAGUGCAGGCACUGGCCCUGCGGCAGCUAGGCAGGCUGAACUCCCUCCAGCUGCUCACGCCGUGCCAUGCCUCUGGUCUUAGCAUGUGGUGCCCACGAACAUUACAUGCACGUCAGCUGUGGGGUUCAGCCACUCCCCAGACACACCGGACAGCUAUGUGGCCAAAAUCAUGGGACUGUCGGCAGAGCUGGUCGCUCCAUCAAACCCGGCUCAAGAGCACGAGAAAGAAAGGGAAGCAAAAAGCAAUGCAGCAGGAGGAUGAAGAGGAGGAACCGGAAGAUGCAGAAGCUAGUGAUUACGAGGAUGAGCUUCCAGAUGACCCAGGCCUGCCAAAAGACUAUAAAGACCAUGAGAAAACUGUCCAGUCGCUACGUUUCGAUCUGGUUUUGAAGACUGGAUUGGACAUUGCACGAAAUGGUGUGGAGGAUGCUUUCUACAACCUCAAAUUGAGACUGAAUGGUCAGAAACUUACCAAGAAGAGCAAAAUGGUUAAAGAGGGGGAUACGCUGGAUCUGAUCCUAAAUGAGGACAAGGAAAUGGACACGGUCUUGCUGAAGAGAGUGAUCUUAAAAAAGGUGGUCGGAGAGACAAAAGAUGCAGAAAAGCAGAGAGUCAUUCUAAGAAGCUGGAAACACCUACAACUUCCCAGAAAGGAUGUGUACAAGCAGUAAAGACCAAUUCUGUGAAGUGUUUGAGAAGUGAAAGAUCAGAAAAAUGAACAAAACUCAUUGUCCUAGUCCACUUUUCAACUAUUUGAUUCUGAAACUGCAGAUUGAGGAUUUAAUGUUUUCUAUGCCCAACAAAAACUGAAAGUCCUUCUCACGUCUAUUGACUUAACAGUAGCUCUGUUUCAUACUACUUGGAAGAUGUUUUUUAUUAACUUUACAGGUCACAAAUGGAUGGUUAAAUAUAUAGUUAUAUGCAUUUUUAUUUUUAUUCAGCGUUUGCUUACUAGAUUCACAAAAUAACAUUAUGAGAUUAAUCAGAUUGUGUUUGGGUUAUACGUUUUUUUCCGAUGUCUUUAUGACAUUGGUAGAUUUUCAAUUAGUGGUUUUCAGGAAGGUUACAGAUUGCCUUUGCAUACAACUGCACUAAGAGACCCUGACAAAAAGUGGAAAUAUUAAAAAGUUUCUGCACAGCAUUUUUGCAAAAGAUUCAAAAAUGUCAAAACUAGUGCUGUAAAAAAGAUUAAUCACAUCCAAAGUAAAAGUUUGUGUUACAUAACAUGAGCGUGUGUAUAAAAAUAUACACACAUACAUGUAUAUAUUUACAGGAAAAAAGUAAAAUAUAUUUAUAUAUAUAAUAUAUAAAUAUGGAUACAUAUACACAUGUAAAUAUUUCUUAAAUAUAUACAUAUAACUAUAUAUAUAUACAUAUAACUAUACACAGCACACGCUGUGUAAAACAAACUUUUAUUUUGGAUGCGUUUAAUCGCGAUUAAUCGAUUUGACAGUACUAGUCAAAACCCAAACAAAUAAAACAAAUUUCUUUCUUUUUUCUUCAUUAUAAUGGUCAGUGGUGGAAUAUACAAAGAACACAAAUUUAAUUUAGACAUCAAAGAUAAAAUCUGUCUUCCCCCUUUCAUUUGUAUGAUAUUUUUUCUGAUGAUAAAAGGCCUCUAAUGACCCUCACGUGUAUAUCUGAAGUAAAAUAAAAAGGAACGUGAAACCCA